GAGAGACAGAGAGAAGCAGAGAGACAGAGGGAGGCAGAGAGACAGAGGGAGGCAGAGAGAGUCACAGAAGCGAUGGAGAACCAGAGAAAAAUGCAGGAGAUCAAGAGAGUCAAACAUCUGCUGGAGCUACUGAUGGUGGAUCUACAGCUGGCCCACCAAGAGAUAGAGAGAUUGAUGCUAUGGCAGAAAGUCAUGGAGGAUCAGCGACCAAGACUGGCCUGGAACAACAAACCUAUUGAGACAGAAAGAGAGAGGGAAAGAGAGAGGGAAAAAGAGAUGGAAAGGGAGAGAAAAGCAGAAAUGGAAAGACAAGAAAUGAAGAAGAAAGUGAAACAGGCAGAAGAAACGAUAAAAGUGUUAGAACGAGAGAUUGAGACAUUGAAAGAGAUGGAAAAGGAAAUCAUAUUUGAAAGAGAAAGAGACAUGCGUAUUGCAGAGAAUGAGAAAGUCAAACUGGUUAACGGAAAGGUAAAAGAGUUAGAGAGAGAGGUUGAGAGACUGAAAGAAGAUAUGACAACAAAAGAGAUUCAAUACAAAAUCAAAUUUGAAAGAGCGAAAGAAGCAUAUAGAAGACAGAAUGAGAGAGUGAAACAGUUUAACCAAAAUGUACUAGUGUUAGACAGAGAGGUUGUGAGAAUGAAAGAAGAGAUUAGAUUGAAAGACGAGACUGAACCAGAGAGAACAUUUGAUAGAGACAGAGAGAGAGAAAAUGAUUGGAGACGAAGUGAAGAGGAGAUGAAAAAUAGAGUGGAGAGAGAGAUGGAGAUGGAGACAGCCCUCAUCAAUGACAAAAAGACGUCUGAAUUGGAGGAAGUCUUCAAGAAAAUCAAGAUACAGCUGAUAGAAUUAGAAAAUAUGGAAACAGACGAAUAUAAAUGGAAACAGAACCAAAUGGACAUGGAGGAGAAGAUGGAGGGUGAGAACAACAAACAGAAAGAGGUAGAAAGAAAGAGAAUGGAGAAUGUACCAAAACAGAGACAAGUAGAUGAGAAGAAGAAGGAGAUGGAGAAGAACAGUGAAGAGGAGGAGGAGAAGGAAGAUGACAAGGAGGACAUUCUCCCACCUGAUAAAAGUAUCCGAAGGAGAGCUGUGGACUGGGUGAAUAAGAAGUGGGAGAAGAGGAACCUCAAAAAGAUCGAGAGAACGUAUCAGAGAGAGGCUGAGGAGGGCUAUAAGAUCGUCCACCUAGUCACUCGCCGGUUAGCAGCGCCGUCCCACCGGCCACUCUACCUGGAGGGGUUCGUGGGAGAGGUGAGGAAGGUUUUUGAUGACCCGUUCUCCGGGACAGAAGCUGCCUGUAAGUUAAUUGAUCUCCGGCAUGACGCCCGCAGGGUGGCCGACUAUGCACUGGAUUUCCGCAUGUUGGCAGUGGAGAGUGCAUGGAACCCGGAAGCACUGUUUGACAUGUUCCAGCACGGCGUCUCAGAGGAGGUUAAGGACAAGCUUGCUGCUGGGGAAUUACCCACUGGUCUUGACUCUCAUCGCUUUGACAUCCCUACUCAGCCCCUCUUUAUUCCCAUUGAUGUUCGAGCGUUGAACGUGCGCUCUAUAUGUCGGGUCACCCAUAACACCACUCCCAUCAACCUAUGGGUGUCAGGGAAUCACAGCGAGACCAUUCAGUUCCUGCUCAUUAAGUCCCCCCAGAUUCCCGUGGUUUUGGGAUUCUCCUGGACCAAACGGCACAAUCCACUCAUCAACUGGUCUACUGGUGCUAUCAAUGGCUGGAGUCCGUUCUGCCACGGCCAUUGUCUGAAUUCGGCACAACCUGCCCAGGGAAGGCUUCCUGGGUCCUCAUAG